CUCCUAAUUCCUUGUCAUUCUUUCGGGUUUCUAUGAUAAAAUUAUUGGCAGAAACCACUACUUAAACUCACAUCUAGACUGCAUAUUUGGCGAAUUUCCUGUUUGUUUGUUUGUCAGCAGUUUGCUGUGCGCGGUGCAGAAAUGGCUGGAGGCGCAGAUCUAACAGUCAAUUCUUUGGUGUCAAAAACUACUAAUGAUCGAAACCAAGAACAUGAAAGUGGGGGCAAUCACACCAAGCCUGGUUCUGAUGUGUUCGUGUCUCCCAAAGUGCCCAAGGCAGUGUCACCAGUUUCAUCUGUAGCUGAGGGGAGAAUUAUUAGGCGGCCUCGUGGGAGGCCAGCUGGUUCUAAGAACAAGCCUAAGCCCCCCAUUAUUGUCACCCGAGAUAGUGCCAAUGCACUCCGUGCACAUGCCAUGGAAGUUAGUUCUGGCUGCGAUGUGAGUGAAAGUUUGGCCAAUUUUGCUAGGAGGAAACAACGCGGCAUCUGCAUACUUAGUGGCAGUGGAUGUGUCACCAAUGUCACGCUGCGACAACCAGCCUCCUCCGGUGCAAUAGUGACCCUUCACGGUCGAUUCGAGAUUCUUUCAUUGCUCGGAUCAAUCUUGCCUCCACCAGCCCCGCCAGGCAUCACCGGCCUAACAAUAUACCUGGCUGGUGCUCAAGGGCAGGUCGUGGGCGGGGCUGUGGUUGGUGCACUCAUUGCUUCUGGCCCUGUCGUGAUCAUGGCUGCAUCAUUCAUCAAUGCCACUUUUGAUCGCCUGCCAUUGGAUGAUGAUGAAAUUGCUGCGGCUAUGCAAAAUCAACAUUAUCAAAACGGUCGUAAUCAUCCCCUUACAGAUAUUUCAGACUUGUAUGGAAUCCCACAGAACUUGCUCACCAAUGGAACCAUGACCCCUGAGUUGUACUCUUGGGCACCAGGCCGAACCAUGUCCAAAACCUAGAUCUGUUUGCCGAAAUUCAGUAUGUCCUAUCAUGCAUAAACACUAAAAAAUGUUGUGAAACUGUAAUGGUGAAGGUCAUGUAACUCGGUAGCGUCACCAGCCAAUCCAUAUUGCGUUGGCUGUUAUACUUAUACAUAUCACUGCAGUUCUAAUGAACAACAAAAAAAUAGAAAAUAAAAAAAAAAAAAAAAAUCACGAAGUUGGUGUAAAUAUUUUGUUGAAGGGUCUAUGCUCUGGACGUUGCCUCAGACUUCUGACUGUGUAGACCGGUACGACAUGCAACCCCUACACUUCCCCGCACCCACAGAAGUAUGGUUCUGUCUACAGAGGGUCAUAGAUGUACUUUGUGCAACCUAGCUCCACGUGUGUUUGAGAAUGCAGACCGUGAAACUGUCUAUCCGAUGUAACUUGGAUCCUAAAAUUCAAGACUAGUUACAAUUCCAUAAAUAUUUUGAUUUG